AACAAUAAAUCCAUCAUUAUAAAAACAAACAAAAUUUUGAAAAAUCGAAUAGCCAAUUAUUUUCAUAUUCUAAUUCUAUCUCUAUCUUCGAAUAUCAUGAAUUCGUGAUUAUUAAUCUCAUGAUCUCAUGAAUGAACUCAUUUAAUAUCAUUCAAUAAUUAUAACUGAGAAGUGUCUUCUUCAUUGACAUCAUGUUUCAGUAGUUUGAAAUAAAUUGUUAAAUGAAAGAAUUUUAUUAGAUUUUCUGAUGUGUGGGAAGAUCAAAAAUGUCAGUAUACCUAGUAUGCAGCACAUCAGGAGGGGGACUCCCAAUUUUUUCUAGGAAGAAGGGAAAUUCUGAGACAUUACCUUUUCCAAUAAUAGGUUCCUUGAAUGGAGUCCAUAUGUUUGGAAAAUCUUUUGGAAUUGAAUUGUUGGAGACCCUAACUGAUGAUUAUGUAGUUGCAUGGAAAGAAUUCGAAGAAAGUAUAGUCAUCAUUGGUAUAGCUAGUGGUUGUUCAGUAGAUGUCCUCAAUGACCUGUUAAAGGAAGUAUUCAGCACUAUUGUGCUGAUUGUUGGCAUUAAAGAAUUGGAAACACAGAGAAACAUUGAAAGACUCAAAAGGGAACUUAGGGUAUGUUCUCCUGUAAUUGAUAGACUUCUGGAUGCAUUGGACUGUGGAGAUUCUAACAAUAAAUUUCCCUCAGACAUUGUGGGAUUUGUUGAAACAAUCCUGUGUUCUGAAAACCAUCUUAUUCAGAUUGUGCUAGAAUCUUUCACAGAAUGUUUAGAUUCUAUGUACAGCUGUAUUCUUGUAUGUGGAAAAAUAGCAGUAGCUACUGAGAGUUGGUGGUCGCUUCACCCUACCGAAAUAAGGCUUCUUUCACUUCUAGCUACUUCUGAAAAUACCAAUGAAUCAAAAGAUAUUCCCGUGUUUUUGCCUUAUAAAAGUCCAACGGUGGCUUUCCGCUUUGUAGUUUGUACUUUGAUACCAGAAGUUCAAAUCUGCUGCCUUUGUGGUGCGACGCCUGUCCUUAGUGAAAUAGAACAUUCUGUCAUGCAGUGCUUCAAAAACUCCACGGAUAUUCUGAGUGCCGCUGUUCAGUGUGUUCCUCGCAAUUUUCCAACAACUUGUAUUUUAGAUGGCAGUAUAUUGGGACAUCUUCUAGUGAACACAACGACUAAGAAGUACAUGAUGUCGAAGUGUCCACAAAUGGCCUCAAAAAAGACAACAAGCAGCUCCCACCGACUAGAUAUCCUCCGUACAUUUUUCUACCGGGCCGUCAUCAAUGAACUGAUACCGAGCGAAAACGCCGAAGCUAACGCUGCAGAAAAUAAUCACGAGGAAAAAUCAGAACAUGUCGGUAUAGAGACUUACUGGUGUUCCGAAUACCACAAAUGUCACGCACUAAGAGUGGAUGAUAACGUACUGUGUGUGUUGUAUAAUUCUUCAGUACCCACUCAUGCUUUGAAACUGAUCACGCAGAGAACUAUCAAGCAGUUGAUUUCAGAUAAACAAGUUUGUUGGUGACAUACAGUACUUAUAUGCAUAUGUUACGUUCAAUUGAACUUCAUUAAUUCACAUUUAAGACAAGAUUUAUUAUUAUUAAACUAUGAUGAA